CAUGCGAGGCUGAAGAGUAUCAGAGGUAGAUCUGCCUGCAGAACAUCGCGCGAGCCCCUCGCUAACCUUUUCAAUUGUCUGGGCUACGUCUGUUUGGAAGUUGUUCCUUAUUAACUCCGCGCGUAGAAGGAGCUUCCACUAUCUCUAAUAUGACAGUAUUUAAUUUGGAAUAUUACACCAUGCAAGAAUGUUAUUAUCGCAUUAGGAAAUGGUGCGUGAUGUGUUGUUAAUUAGUUCAUAAGAAUUAUAAGCGCAAUAUUUUUAAUUGCAUGCUUCGUGGUUUUGAACAGGGCUCCGACAAAUUUAGGAUCCUGUUUAAUUACGUAACUAUAUACUUAUCUACUUCGUUAGAUUAGUCCCUCAAAGUAUUAGAUAGCUGCCCUGAAUGCCACAUUUCGACUCGUGGAACUUCUGGCACAGCUACGUCGUCAAGAACGUAGAGGAAUUUGCCACUCGUGCCAAUCAAUCUAAGCUCGACUGGACCAAGGACAGUUCCCACCUGCUCCACCUGCGAGACCGAUGCGCGACGAUUCCAUACUUCCAGACUCAGUUUGUCUUAAAGUUAUUUAAAAAGUCACAGCUCCGCACCACUUCGGAAAGAAGGGACUUAUCAUCAUUUUGUUGGUGUUGGAUGAGUCAACCUCGAUGUUUUGAUAAGGCUAAGAAAAGGUUUUACCAAAUGCAAAAAGCUAGUAACCAAGAUGCCACAACUGUCAAGAGAGGGCUCUAGUUCUUUCCACUUCACCCAGGUGCAGCGCCUGUAGGACUCUGUGUUCCAGUCUUCCACCCACCACAGUGAUCCUAUCUACCUGAUUUAACCAUGCCCACCUCCAGCCAACUUUGCCCAGGGCUCUGGGCCAAAACUGUCCCGUUGUGGUUCCUCCACCUGCUCCUCUUUGACUUGCUCGUCCACGAAGCUGUGCCCAGCCCUAACAACCGAUUCCCUCCUUCUACCAAGAGGGAAAUUACCAUAGAUGGCGACCUGGUGAUAGGUGGUCUAUUCCCAGUGCACGAGAAGGGCGAGGGGACAGAAGACUGUGGGAAGAUAAACGAGCAGAGAGGGAUCCAGAGACUGGAGGCUAUGCUGUUGGCUCUCGAUGAGAUCAAUGGGGACGAGAGACUUCUGCCUGGCCUCAGGCUGGGAGCCCACAUCCUGGAUACCUGCUCUAAGGACACCUACGCCUUGGAGCAAAGCCUGGAGUUCGUACGAGCCUCCCUCACCAAGGUGCAUGAGCCAGGAUUCAUCUGCCCAGACGGAUCCAACCCCGUUCAGGACGACGUUCCACUGGCCAUCUCUGGAGUCAUUGGGGGAUCAUACAGUGACGUCUCCAUCCAGGUGGCCAACCUCCUACGUCUCUUCCAGAUCCCUCAGAUCAGCUACGCCUCCACCAGCGCCAAGCUCAGUGACAAAUCUCGCUAUGACUACUUUGCUCGCACAGUGCCACCUGACUUCUACCAGGCCAAGGCCAUCGCCGAGAUUCUGCAAUACUUCAACUGGACCUAUGUGUCCACCGUGGCCUCAGAGGGUGACUAUGGUGAGACCGGGAUCGACGCCUUUCAGCAAGAAGCGCGAGCCCGCCAGAUCUGCAUCGCCACCUCUGCCAAGGUAAGCCGCUCAAUGAACCGGUACAGCUACGACCAGGUGAUCCGCUCGUUGCUGCUGAAGUCCAAUGCCAAGGUGGUCAUCCUAUUCACACGCAGUGAGGAUGCCAGGGAGUUGCUGGUGGCUGCCACUCGCAUGAACGUUACCUUCACCUGGGUUGCCAGUGAUGGCUGGGGGGCACAGGAGAGUGUGGUGAGGGGAAGCGAGAUGGCAGCCGAGGGGGCGUUCACCAUUGAGCUGGCCUCUUACCCCAUCCGGGAGUUUGCUGACUACUUCACCAAGCUAAACCCUUACACUAACACACGAAACCCCUGGUUCAGAGAGUUCUGGGAGCACCGCUUCGGCUGCAGUCUCACAGAGCCGGGUUGUAGUGACCACAGCCUGCGCGACGGCAAGUUUGAGCAGGAGUCCAAAAUCAUGUUUGUAGUGAACGCGGUGUAUGCCAUGGCUCACGCGCUGCAUAACAUGCGGCAGGCAGUGUGCCCGUCAAACGCCACCAAGGUCUGUGAUGCCAUGAAGCCAGGCACUGGGAAGAGAUUCUACAGAGACUUCAUCCUCAAGGCCAAGUUUGAUGCUCCAUUCAGACCUGCAGACACAGAGAACAUGGUGCGUUUUGACGCCUAUGGAGACAGUCUCGGACGUUACAACAUCUUCCAUUACCACAAGGAGGAAGAUGAAUAUGUGUAUAGGAAGGUGGGCUACUGGGCCCAGGGUCUAACCCUGAACACCCUCCAGGUGCCAUGGAGGGGUCCUGGCGGGGGCCCUCCCACCUCCCAGUGCAGCGACCCCUGCAGGAAGAACGAGGUGAAGAGCAUGCAGCCUGGGGACGUGUGCUGCUGGAUCUGCAUCCCGUGUCAGCCCUACCAGUUCUUGCUGGAUGAGUUCACCUGUGCGGACUGCAGCUUUGGACAGUGGCCCCUGGCGAACCUCACUGGCUGCUUCGACCUCCCAGAGGAGUACAUCCGCUGGGAGGAUGCCUGGGCCAUUGGGCCAGUCACCAUCUCCUGUCUGGGCAUGUUGUGCACCCUGUCGGUGGUGGGCCUGUUCCUGAAGCACAAUGACACCCCUGUGGUCAAAGCCAGCGGCCGGGAGCUGUCCUAUAUCCUCCUGCUCGGGGUCCUAAUGUGUUAUAGUAUGACCUUCAUCUACAUUGCCAAGCCGUCAACAGCUGUGUGUACCCUGCGACGACUUGGCCUGGGAACCUCGUUUGCCGUGUGCUACUCAGCGCUUCUCACCAAGACCAACCGCAUUGCACGGAUCUUUAGCGGGGUGAAGGACGGGGCCACGAGGCCACGAUUCAUCAGCCCGGCAUCCCAGGUGGCCAUCUGCGGUGGGCUGAUCUCCUGUCAGCUCCUAGUGGCAGUGGUCUGGCUCCUGGUUGAGAUGCCUGGCGUCAGAAAGGAGGUGAGCCCUGAGAGGAGGAAUGUAGUCACACUGAAGUGCAACAGCAAGGACUCCAGCAUGCUGGGCGCUCUGGCCUACAACUGUAUCCUCAUCAUCCUCUGCACAGUGUAUGCUUUCAAGACCAGGAAGUGCCCCGAGAACUUCAACGAGGCCAAGUUUAUCGGGUUCACCAUGUAUACCACCUGCAUCAUCUGGCUGGCCUUCCAGCCUAUCUUCUACGUAACAGCCAGUGACUACAGAGUUCAGACCACCACCAUGUGUAUCUCCGUCAGUCUGAGUGGGUCGGUGGUGCUUGGCUGUCUCUUCGCGCCCAAGGUCCAUAUAAUCCUGUUCCAGCCCCAGAAGAACGUGACCACGCUGAGGGUGACGGCCAACCGUUUCGGGGCCACAGUCACCACAACAUCGGCAUCUGCCCCAAGUUCUAGCUACUGCAAAUCUAGCAUUUCUAUUACAGCAUCAGCCUCUCCAUGUGUGUCAACAACAGUCUGUAAUGGUCGAGAGGUUGUGGACUCCACUACGUCGUCUUUGUGAAGGUUACUUGUAUCUUUCCUCUGUCCUGCAUACAAGACAAGUUCCAUCAGUUCCACAAGCUACUGCUCCAUCAGAAAUCAUCCCCUCUAAACCAACAAAGCUGUUGACGAUGUAACGAUCAUGUCAUAUCAAGUCCCAUUUACAGUAGAGACGAGUAGAGGCUGUACCUGUCUGGACAGAGGGAGGCCGGGACGCUGAUAACUGCUGAAGGAUGUGACUAUACCAACCAGUAUUACGUAACCUAUGACACUAAAGCAUUUUGUAUAGAUUUAACAUUACGUGAUGGAUUUUGGUUUUAAGACGUGUUGUUGAAUGCCCUGUCAGUACAGAGAAAGUCUUGUGAAUGAGGUGGUUCUUGUAAAGCGAUCACAGUGUUUAAACGAAAAGGUUGUUCUUAUCUUGUCCUUACGGUGCUGUGAAUACAAUAUCCAGAUGUUUUCUCUCUGACUAGAUUAUUAAUACAAGACUUACUGAAUUAAUUUUGCCCCAUCUUUUUAAACUAAAUUUCAAUUAAGGUAGUUGUGAUAGUAAAAAACAAAAAAAAAAAACAAAUAGAAUACUUUACAAUAUACUGUACAAGGACAAUGUUUUAACUUAGACUUUGGUGGACCAGUUUAUGCUUUCUUGUAAUUUAUGUAAAUAAAAUGUGUUCUUUUUUUUAAUUAUUAAAACAUUAAUGGCCAGCGUGUAGUCUGUUCUGACGUCUCUAGGUAGUUUUGUUCAUAGCUCAAGAGGAUGGAAUAAAGCAGUCAUUGCUGAUGGGUACUUGCACAAAGUGUUUCAGGAAGACGCAAUCUACAGUACACUAGUGUUUCUCAACAUCAUAU